AUGGCUCUUGUGCCAGGCUGCAAGGCCACUGUAUUGGCCCUGUUAAUGGAAGCACUCACCAUAAUAAUGAAGUUUGUUGCUGAUUUUGCCUACGCGGCGCAACCAAAGAUCACGCCUCUUACCAUUGCUGCAUUCCUCAAGUAUGCCGAGGAUCCAUAUGUGCUGGAGAAUCCCUGCAGAGCGAAACAAGACAUUGCUUUGGAUGUGCUGAAUACGAUUGUUAGGAACUCCGAAGCGCCAUUGCCCAAUGCACUGAUUGAGACAGCAUUUCCUGCUGUGGUUAACUGCGUGAUGCAUACCGACGAUCACACAGUUAUGGUGGCUGGUGGCGAAUGCUUGCGUAGCUUUAUCAACGUUUCGCCAGAGCAAAUCUUCAGUUACAAGAAUGGGGAAGGCGUCAACUAUGUGAUGCAAGUGGCCACAGUUCUUUUGAAUCCCAUGAAUACCGAAAUGACUGCCGGUGGACAGAUUGUACGUCUUGGUAUUACCAUCAUUACCAAAAUGGGCAAUAUGCUGGGCCAAACGGUUGACAUGUUACUGAAGGCCGUCAUUAGCAAGAUGCAGAACCUCGAGUGCCUAAAAGUUAUUAUGAAUUUGGUGCUGAUAUUCGCUCAUCUCUUCUUAACCCAAAUGGACGCGGUGCUAAACUUUCUUUCCACUGUGCCUGGACCCAAUGGUGAGCCUGCUCUGCAGUUUGUGCUCACCAAUUGGUUGUCACGCCAAAACUCCUUCUUUGGUGCCUACGAACGCAAGCUCACCACGAUGGCACUUUGCAAACUGUUCGAGUAUGGCGUGGCUACCCAGGACAAUCGCUUGACCUCCAUCACCUACAAGGAGAUGGUGCAGGAGCCAAGUGGCAAUCGUGUGUGUACCCGCUCAGUUGCAUCCAACUAUCAGAAAUUUUGUCUAGGUUAGAAUUGCAAUUA